UUGUGUUGAAAUCUCUUUUAGUAAAUAUUAGUCAAUGAACAAGGAUACAUCUUUGCUGCCACCGAUUUGAAUAAGUCAUGAGUGGAUGUCCGUACUUUGAGAAGAAGCAUUUGUUAUUCAAAAAUAAACCUCCCAAAACUGAAGAAGAUGAGGAUGACUCCCAGGCAGGGGUCAACAAGGCCAGUAGAGGAGGAAUUAUCUAUGGAGACUACCUGCAGCUCGACAAAAUACUCACAGCUCAGGUUCUGCAAAGUGAACUAAAAGCCGAUAAGAUCCAUGAUGAGCACCUCUUCAUUGUCACCCAUCAAGCCUAUGAACUUUGGUUCAAACAGAUUUUGUUUGAACUGGACUCUGUGCGAGAGAUCUUCAUCAGCGGUCAUGUCCGAGACGAACGUAACAUGCUCAAAGUCAACACUCGCAUCCACAGGGUUGUGAUGAUCUUCAGACUGUUGGUUGACCAUUUUGCAGUUUUGGAAACAAUGACAGCCUUGGACUUUUUUGACUUUAGGGAAUACCUGUCUCCGGCCUCUGGCUUCCAAAGCCUCCAGUUUCGGCUCUUGGAGAACAAAAUUGGAGUUCCAGACAACCUGAGGGUUCCAUACAACAGACGCCAUUACAGGGACAACUUUAAAGGUCAUGACAGUGAGAUGCUGCUCUCCACUGAGCAGGAACCAACACUUUUAAAGUUAGUUGAGGAGUGGCUGGAGAGAACUCCUGGAUUGGAGGUGGAUGGCUUCAAUUUCUGGCAAAGGCUGGAAAUCAAUAUACUUGAUGGGUUAAAUCAGGAGAAGGAGAAAAUUGAGAAAAUGCCUGAUUCUGAAGAGAAAGAGGAACUGAUGGCAGAGAUGGUCAAACAGAGGGAGCUUUUCACAUCUCUGUUUGACGAAAAGCGCCACGAUCACCUUGUCAGCAAGGGUGAGAGGAGACUCUCUUACAAGGCUCUGCAAGGUGCUCUGAUGAUAUACUUCUACAGGGAGGAGCCAAGGUUCCAGGUUCCCUUCCAGCUGCUCACAUCCCUCAUGGAUAUCGACACCCUCAUGACGAAAUGGAGAUACAAUCAUGUGUGCAUGGUUCACCGGAUGAUUGGCAGCAAAGCUGGCACAGGGGGGUCGUCUGGCUACCACUAUCUUAGAUCAACUGUCAGUGACCGAUACAAAGUUUUUGUGGACCUUUUCAACCUGGCAACAUUCCUGGUGCCUCGCCACUGGGUACCCAAGCUGAAUCCCAACAUUCACACUUUUUUGUACACGGCUGAGUGCUGCGACAGCUCCUACUGCAGCAGUGACGACUCGGAUUAGAGUGCAUCUCACUCGUCUGUCCAGGCUUUUUCACUUAAACAGAUCUCCCAGCAGCGGAUUAUUUAGUUCAAUGAGAGGUGAAAAUCAGGUCAAAGAAAUACAUUUUGUUGAUGUUCAUGAGAAACAAUGCAUGGCAUCUUGUCAGUGUACCUUUAAAGAACUCAUACACUGAAAUAUGAAGUGUAUGUGUUUUCAUGAAUGGAGGCAAUUCAACAUAUGGCCAGUUUUAUCAAACACUAUAUAUUAUUAAGAAGGAUUUCAAAUCUAGGUGAGAUGAAAUUCGAGGUCAUGUGGUAUUUUAAUUUGACAUUAGGUGAACUGGAUGUUGGAGUGAAGAAUAACGCAGACGGGUUGAUUUGAAGGCGUGAUGUCCUUACAUCACACAUAAAUGCACAAAAACAGUAAACGUAACAAAGUAACUACGUUUGUACAUAUUAAUGCUUAGCAAACAAGAGAAAAUCAAGAUAAAUUAUGCUGCAGGCUUAUGAUGCAAUGUCUGACAGAUAAUAAAUCAAAUAUUUAAACAGCCAAAUUAAGACUAUUUUACUUUAAUCUUGACAGUGAGCCACAAAGUACUGCAGAUGGCUCCUUGAUAAGAGGUGCUCAGAUGUUUCCUCAAUAAAUUUAUGUAAAUUGGCUGAGAUUGACCUGAAAGCAAACAGAUCAGUGAGAGCAGUGAUCAAACUGUGAGUGCAAGGACAACGCUGGUGGCGAUGAUGAGUUUUUACAAAAAUGGAUCAUCUUUCAUCUCAGCACAGUGAUGGUGUCAUGGAGGGAGCCAUUUCAGACUACUCAGAUGUGUCUUGAGUGCAUAAAGGUGUACAGCAAAUGAUGAACCAAUGAACCAAACACAUCAACGUCUAAAACAAAACCAUUUGCACAGAAUAAAUAUGAACCAUAAAAUUGUACAUAAUGUUGUUGUUGUUUUUGUAAAGUUUUAAAUUAAUUUUGUCAUGUAUUUAUGCACUCAUUAAUGAAAUAUCUUUAUAGCCAAAUGUAUGACUCAUAACCUAUGACAUAUAUCUGUAUGUAUUUAAUAAGAUGUGUUUUAUAUGAUGGAACAAUUCAUGUUAUUGUAUUUUUGCAGUGAUGUGUUUUAUUGUUCUAUUAAAAUUCAACACUUGCCAACAGUA